CACUGGGAGAGAGCGAUGGCGGGUUUGACUGUGAGAGACCCUGCGGUGGAUCGUUCUCUACGUUCGGUGUUCGUGGGGAACAUUCCAUAUGAGGCUACUGAAGAGCAAUUAAAGGACAUCUUUUCUGAGGUUGGACCUGUUGUUAGUUUCAGGUUGGUAUAUGAUAGGGAGACAGGAAAGCCAAAAGGUUAUGGCUUCUGUGAAUACCAAGACCAGGAGACAGCACUUAGUGCCAUGCGAAACCUAAAUGGGCGUGAAUUCAGUGGGAGAGCACUUCGAGUGGACAAUGCUGCCAGCGAAAAGAACAAAGAAGAGCUGAAGAGCCUUGGCACUGGUGCCCCUGUCAUUGAGUCACCUUAUGGAGAGACCAUCAGUCCUGAGGAUGCCCCUGAGUCCAUUAGCAAAGCAGUUGCCAGUCUUCCACCAGAGCAGAUGUUUGAGCUGAUGAAACAAAUGAAGCUCUGUGUCCAGAAUAGUCCUCAGGAAGCACGAAACAUGUUGCUUCAGAACCCUCAACUGGCUUAUGCUUUGCUACAGGCCCAGGUAGUGAUGAGAAUUGUGGAUCCAGAAAUUGCCUUGAAAAUUCUGCACCGCCAGACAAAUAUCCCAACACUGAUUGCAGGCAACCCUCAGACAGUCCACAGCGCCGGACCUGGCUCAGGAUCCAAUGUGUCGAUGAACCAGCAGAAUCCUCAGGCCCCUCAGGCCCAGUCUUUGAGUGGAAUGCAUGUCAAUGGCGCACCUCCUCUGAUGCAAGCUUCUCUGCAGGCUGGAGUUGCAGCACCAGGGCAGAUACCAGCCACUGUAACAGGACCUGGGCCUGGUUCCUUAGCUCCUGGAGGAGGAAUGCAGGCCCAGGUUGGAAUGCCAGGAAAUGGACCAGUGUCCAUGGAGCGGGGACAAGUGCCGAUGCAAGACCCCAGAGCAGCUAUGCAGCGUGGGCCCUUGCCUGCCAACGUCCCAACUCCUCGAGGUCUGUUGGGAGAUGCUCCAAAUGACCCACGCGGAGGCACUUUACUUUCUGUAACUGGAGAGGUAGAGCCUAGAGGUUACCUGGGACCACCUCAUCAGGGUCCGCCCAUGCACCAUGUCCCUGGCCAUGACAGCCGUGGCCCACCCCCACAUGAGAUGCGGGGAGGGCCAUUAGCUGAGCCCAGACCUUUAAUGGCAGAGCCAAGAGGACCCAUGCUAGAUCAGAGGGGUCCACCAUUGGAUGGCAGAGGUGGAAGAGAUCCCCGAGGCAUAGAUGCACGAGGGAUGGAGGCAAGAGGAUUAGAUGCUAGAGGAUUGGAAGCCCGUGCGAUGGAGGCCCGUGCGAUGGAGGCUCGUGCAAUGGAGGCCCGUGCAAUGGAGGCCCGUGCAAUGGACGUCAGAGGGAUGGAGGCCAGAAACAUGGAUACAAGGGGCCCAGUCCCAGGCCCUAGAGGCCCUAUACCUAGUGGAAUCCAGGGUCCCAGUCCAAUUAACAUGGGGACAGUUGGCCCCCAGGGAUCCAGACAGGUCCCAGUCAUGCAGGGAGCAGGCAUGCAAGGAGCGAGCAUUCAGGGUGGAGGCCAGCCUGGUGGCUUUAGUCCUGGCCAGAACCAAGUCACUCCGCAGGACCAUGAGAAGGCUGCUUUGAUCAUGCAGGUUCUUCAACUAACUGCAGACCAGAUCGCCAUGCUGCCUCCUGAGCAGAGGCAGAGUAUCCUGAUCUUAAAGGAACAAAUACAGAAAUCUACUGGAGCGCCUUAAAAGGUUUUCAAAACUACCUGGCGACAAAUCUGGAAAUUAAUUCCAUACCUUUGUUGAAAUGUUGCAAAAAGAUGGAUACUUCAUCCUAACCCUUGAAUGACUCAAAUUGGUGCCAGGUGGAGGACUCCCAUCACCUUCUCUCAGAACAAAAUCAGUUCAUUCUGUUGUCUUAGUUUGUAUGUUUUCUGUGACUUGAAAUAAACUUUGAACACAAUUUUAGUAUACUGCAAAUUGAUAUACAUGACCUUUUUGCUUUUAAAAGGGUGAAACCUUAACAUGUGUUUUCUACCCUUACUGCAGUAUUGUACUUUAAUAUUAUGUUGCCAUAGCUCUGUUUUUCCUUUUAAGUUAACCAUUUAUUCUUCUUGAUGAUAUUUGAGAAUUUCUCAGAAACAGUGUUUUCUGGAACUUAGUUUUUGCUUAGUUUGCUUCCAACAGGAAUAAUAUUUGCCCUUUGAGAGCUUGCUAGAACUUCUGAGUCUACUGGGAGACAAUAGCAUGUGCUUAGAGCUGUAAAAUGGUCAGAAGGCCAACAAUGCAAAGAGCCUACCUAGGAGAGCAGUGUAUUUAGUUUAGAAAAAUCCAAGUAUCAAAAUGUAUUUUUUGGUCAGUACCAAGUCUAUUCACACGCAUAGUUCAGAGUUAAGACAAAGAUGAUGUAUGAUCACUGGUUUGAGUGUGUCAACAACACAAGAGACUGUUGACAUUUUCUUGUCUGUUUUAAAACUCUUCAGUCUGGGUAGUCAACCUUAAAAGUUAAGAAAGCCACUAAUUUUUCACAUGUUCAAGGUGAAAUAAACACUGAACAGAAAUCAAACAAAAUACAUUUCAUCCUGCCUUCUAAAUAAUUACUAACCUACAGCCCUACCCAGUAACCAAAUUUAUUCUAGGAAACUAAAACAUAGAAACUCUAAAACUUUUACAUUUUUCUCAUUUAUUUUAAGAGGACCAAAUGUAGAGCAUAAGCUGUCAGAGCUGUCAGAUUGCCCAUUAGGCCUGCCCCUGCCUGCUUCCUUUCAAAUAGGUGUGAACAUAAUCAGUGCCACUGGCUCUAACCUAUUGCUCUUCCAGCCUAGUAUUCUCUCUCUCAUAGUGGCAUUAAAGAGAAACAUGAUUUCUCUCCAUCAGGCCAACCUCAAGAGGUUAAGAGGUGCCUUAAUAAUUAGUAAAGUUCCACUGGAACUACUCCUGAGCCUAUUUAUGUUCUCAGAGUCCUAGCCUCUGGGUUAGGAUUAUGGUCAAGUGAAUUAAAAGCCUGCCAUAGGCUUAGAGAAUGUAAUAGCAUAUUGCUUACCUGUGAAGCAAAAGAAUGCAAAGAUAAUCAACUUUAUGAGAGACAUUAAAAUUGAGGGAUUUUCUACUCUGAUAUAUAAACAUUUACUGCAACAAAAAUUUGCUGAAUAAGAUACUUGAUAUUACAACCUAGGAAGAAAAACUUGCUCAAAACAGCUGAGGAGCUUUCUGGGUAUCCUGCUCAUCCCCAGUUCAGGCUUAGAUGUUGAUUAUGUGUAGGAUUUAUUAUCAUUACCUUUUCUGCCUACUUCCAUGAAUAUUCUAGGCCUUGAUAUGUUGUUGAUUUUAGCAGCAGUCAUAUCUUGAAGUGUCAAUAUAUUUAGACAUUAAGACUAAGAGUACAGCCUUUCUCCUUAGGAACUCAUUAUAAGUUUCAAGAACACUAAGAUUCCAAAUCAGACUCACUGAAGAUCAAACUAUAAUUUGGUCAGCAGUUGUCUAGUAGGAACCAUAUCAUCAAGGUUCCAUUGUGCAUGUUCCUAAAGCCUUAUUAAAUUUAAAUUAGCUGAAAUCCGGGAAAUUGGUAACAGCAGGGGUAUCCCAAUCUAUUCCCAUGGAAACAUCCAUUAGUAUUUUUUCCUGAUGUCCAGUUAAUAAAUGAAACACAAUUAGCUACCAUGAGUUCAUGACCUACCUUUAUUUUGUUCAAACUAGUGACUGAAAAAAUUGGUUUUACUAAUCUUUCAAGUCAUGUAGGUUUCUGGAUAAUUAGAAACAGUCAUUUAUUCAUUUUUGCUCACUUAAUGGUAGAGAAAUAGGUGCUAUAAUGUUGAUUCAGUAAAAACAUUCUUGUAAAUCCAGUGAUUUGAAUUGUCUUUGGGCACAACAAAAUGUGGAUUAUUUUUCCUCUUGUAAGGGCCCCGAUCUUCUUUCCUUCUACUGUUUCACUGUGACUACUGACAUCCCAGAGCCAGGUGGAUGGAAGAAAUAAAAAGCAUUUCGAUAGGAGAAAGAAAAGGCAUUUUGCUGAUGUCAUUAGGUGAAUGAUUCCUUAAUGAAUAGGUACGUACGAGCCAAAAAAUGUGUUGUCAAAAUUUUAAAUUAUCUUUUUUGAAGACUAGACAUUAAUAAACCCCCUUGAUAAAAAUGGCAAUAAAGAGUCCUUGUUGACUAAAUAAUCAUCCUAAGAUGGAGUUCAGGUUUUCACAAUUAUUUCCAACAGAACAAUGCAAGCUAAUGACAACAUAACUGACUUUCAAUUAUAAUACCAUUUCAAUUACGAUUAGCAUACUUUCAAGAUUUUCUUCCCCAAAUGGAGAGCCUAGGUAAAGUAACAAAAGAUUUAUUCAUUAAGCAAAGAAGAAAAUCCUUCAUUUUUUGACAAGCAAAAAUAAGUAAAGCAUAAAUUGCUGUUCACACUGGAUAAGACCAUGUUUAGCAGUAAGAAUGUACAUAGUGUUAUAUAGGGAUUGGGUUCUUGGUAAUUCUAUGUUCGUUGUUUUACUAUUUAUGCUUAUUAUUAUGUUUUGUCGUUAAUUCUUUAAUAAAUUUUUAUUUU